UCUGGUCAAACUACGUCCAGCUGUCUCCACCCCCAUUAGCUGUUUUGGCACUAGCUGUAGUAUCCUUGCAGAGGACGAGGCCCACCCGCGAAAGAGCUGAGCAGAGGAGAGAAGGAGACCCAGGAGAAAAUGAGAUCCUUGCUGGUGACUCGCUUACAGUCCCUUCGAUGCUUCACCACUUCCGGCCGGCAAAUGGAAAACAAAGUCCCUGAAUAUCAGAAGAUCUUCCAGGCAGACAACGAUUUGCCGGUGCACCUGAAAAGGGGGAUGUCCGACAUGGUGAUGUAUCGUGCCACCAUGAUCAUCGGAACCGUGGGCAUUAGCUAUGCGCUCUAUGGCAUAUAUGAGCUUGGAAAAAUCAAGAAGCAUUGAGAAGGAAGCUGGAAAUGCAAGGCUAGACCCUCCUGGGACCCCCACCCACCCACCCCCUGCUCCUGUUUAGAAAAUUCCGGAAGCAGAGAAGGGCAAAACCUAUUUUGGAGCGCUUGCAAGAUCGAACCAGCAAGGAAACGUGUGUGGUU